GAGAGUGAAAGUGAAAGGGAACUUCAUGCAUGGGCAACAACACUUGAGACAUUUUUCAAAAGAAAAAGAAAGAAUGUUUAUUUCUCUUUUCGUUUUUGGGAAAAGUGAUUUAGGAGAGAGAGAGAGGUGAAGUAUCAAUUCCAGCAGAAGAUAUGGAGCCCCAGGAAUUUUCAGAAGGGGACAAGAUAUAGACUUUUUUUUUCGUCCCCCUUUCUAUCUUCUUUUCCUCCCCUUGUUUCUGGUUGCUCUUCGCUUGCCUUGAAUUUUUUUGGGGCUUUUGUUGUUUCAUUAAAUCUGGGUUCAUGUGAGAGAGGGGUUUAUCUUCUUGUUUGAGCUCACUUGCUUGGAGGAUGGAUUGAAAUUCUUGUCUGCUUCAGUUUUCAGAGCCAAAACUGCAAAUGGUGGUCUUACAGCAAUUACUAAACAUGGAAGAUUCUGAGAGGGAUGAUAAGAAGGUCUUAUCAAAUGGAGAUGUCUAUAUUGGUGAUUUUAAGGGAGUACUUCCCCAUGGCAAAGGAAAAUACAUGUGGUGGACAGACAGAGGUAUAUCAACAGUCUAUGAGGGUGAUUGGGAAGAAGGUAAAAUGACAGGGAAAGGACGUAUAUUUUGGUCAUCAGGAUCAAGAUAUGAAGGUGAUUUUUCUGGUGGUUACCUUCACGGGUUUGGCACCUUUACUGGACAUAAUGGGUCUGAGUACAGAGGGGCAUGGAGGAUGAAUAUACAGCAUGGGCUUGGAAGGAAACAAUAUCCUAAUUCAGAUAUUUAUGAAGGUUCUUGGAAGGAGGGAGUGCAUGAAUGUAGUGGUAGGUACUCUUGGAAUAGUGGAAAUAUGUACAUAGGGAAUUGGAAAGGUGGAAAAAUGUGUGGAAGAGGGUUUAUGAAAUGGGUAAAUGGUGAUCUUUACGAUGGAUUGUGGUUAAAUGGGUUAAGAAAUGGUUCUGGAGUUUAUAGGUUUGCAGAUGGGGGAUAUUACUUUGGAACCUGGAGUAGGGGCCUAAAGGACGGGAAGGGAACAUUUUAUCCUGCUGGAACCAAACUUCCAUCUUUAAGGGGGUGGUCUAGUUCUCUAGGUUAUGAUGAUAAUGGAAGAAGUAGUUCAUUGUCUCAUAGCUCAUCAUUAAAUUCAGAGCAAGGUAGGGUCAAAACAACAGGACCAAGCGUUGUACGAAGUCUUUCUGAGAAAAUAUCAAUUAGUGGUAUGUUGAGAAAUUCUGGUCGAACAUCAAACAGAACUAACUCAUUAGAUGAGAAUUGGAGUCCUUGUGAAACUGCCAGAGAAUUAAUAUUUCACGAACCAUCAUUUGUGCUUUCACGUGCCUCUAAUGAAGGUCAAACAGAGGUGCAGGAUAGAAGUACUCUGGUUUAUGAAAGGGAAUACAUGCAAGGAGUUCUGAUCAAAGAGAGAAUAAAAAAUACAGAACCAUCACGCAAAACUAAACAGAAAAAUAAAUUUCUUAUGAAAGAAGCAAAAAAGAAGUCAUGUGUUGAUAUAUUUGAAGGCCAUCAGAGCUAUUAUCUAAUGCUUAAUCUGCAACUUGGUAUCAGAUAUACUGUUGGCAAGAUCACUCCAGUGCCUAUGCGCGAAGUUAGACAUUCAGAUUUUGAAGAUCGAGCUAGGAUAAGAAUGUAUUUCCCCAGAAAGGGUUCCCAGUUCACACCUCCACACUAUUCUAUUGACUUCUACUGGAAAGAUUACUGUCCUAUGGUCUUCAGGAAUCUGAGGGAGAUGUUCAAGUUAGAUGCAGCUGAGUACAUGAUGUCUAUUUGUGGUGAUGAUGGUCUUAGGGAGCUUUCUUCUCCAGGGAAAAGUGGCAGUAUCUUCUAUCUUUCUCAUGAUGAUAGAUUUGUGAUUAAAACAUUGAAGAAAUCUGAACUCAAGUUCUUUCUGAAGAUGUUGCCCAACUAUUACCGUCAUGUAGGAAAGCAUGAAAAUACUCUAAUAACAAAGUUUUUUGGGGUACAUCGAAUAAAACUAAGAGGUGGGAAAAAGGUGCGCUUUGUCAUCAUGGGGAAUAUGUUUUGCACAGAAUUAAGAAUUCAUCGACGUUAUGAUUUGAAGGGGUCAACUCAAGGAAGAUCAACAGAUAAAGAUAAAAUAAGAGAGAAUACCACAUUAAAAGAUAAUGAUCUAAAAUACAAUUUUCAUAUGGACAAAAUGUUGCGAGAGUACCUCUUCAAACAGCUUUCUGAAGACUGCAUGUUCUUACAAUCUCAACAAAUAAUUGAUUAUAGCCUUCUCUUGGGUUUACAUUUUAGAGCACCUGAGCAACUGAAGGCAUUAUUAGAAUCUGCUGGUACUAUAGCCAAUCAUGAGAAUUUACCAUCUGGUGAUGGUGCAAGUUCACAAGGGGAGCUCUUGAUACCACCAACAGGCUUGCUCCUUGUUACCCAUGAACCCAGCUUCAACACAGCACCGGGUCCUCACAUAAGGGGAAAUACAUUAAGAGCAUAUUCUCUUGGUGCAAAGGAAGUUGAUCUCUUAUUGCCUGGCACUGGAAGGUUACCAGUGCAGUUAGGAGUAAACAUGCCAGCUCAAGCUAGUUGCAAACUUGGGGGGGAGGUUGAUCCUAUGGAGGUUGAACUUUUUGAGGUCUAUGAUGUUGUCCUCUACAUGGGCAUAAUUGAUAUAUUGCAGGAAUACAAUAUAAGAAAGAAAGUUGAGCAUACAUGCAAGUCAUUGAAGUUUGACCCUCUGUCGAUUUCUGCUGUCGAACCCAAGUUGUAUGCUGAUCGUUUCCUCAAGUUCUUGCAGAAAGUUUUCUCUGAGCAACCAUAGAAAGAUUUUAGCUUUAUAUGCUUCAUCCUCCUUGCCACUGUUGUAUAGAUGAGAGUUUUUUUCCCCUUCAUUCUUUGUUCUUACCUUAAAAAUGAGAAUUCUAUAUGUACUCUUUUUAGGUGCUUGCUUCAAUACAAAAUUCUUUUGACAAA